AUGUCCAGCAAUUCGUGUGAUUGUCUGGUGGGGGUGCCCACCGGACCUACAUUGGCCGCAACUUGUGGUGGCAGUGCUUUUAUGUUAUUUAUGGGCUUGUUGGAGGUCUUUGUGCGGUCACAGUGUGAUCUUGAGGAUCCUUGUGGUCGUGCCAGUUCAAGGUUUCGUUCCGAACCCGAUUAUGAAUAUGAUUUUGUUGUGAUUGGUGGCGGCUCGGCCGGUUCUGUGGUUGCCUCACGUCUAUCCGAAGUAGCUCAAUGGAAGGUGCUGUUAAUUGAAGCCGGUGGCGAUGAACCUGUGGGAGCUCAAAUACCUUCAAUGUUUUUGAAUUUCAUGGGCAGUGACAUUGAUUGGGGCUAUAAUACGGAACCAGAAACAUCAGCAUGUCUUUCAUCGGAGGGACAGCGUUGUUACUGGCCUCGUGGCAAAGUUCUGGGCGGUACAUCUGUUAUCAACGGUAUGAUGUAUAUCCGUGGUAAUCGUGAAGAUUAUGAUGAUUGGGCUGCCAUGGGUAAUCCGGGAUGGAGCUAUGAUGAGGUUUUGCCAUUCUUCAAAAAAUCGGAAAAUAAUUUGGAAAUUGAUGAAGUCGGUGCUGAUUUACAUGGUACCGGAGGUCCAAUGCCUGUUGGUAAAUUCCCCUAUAAUCCACCUCUAUCGUAUGCUAUUUUGAAGGCCGGCGAGGAAUUGGGUUUCUCUGUCCACGAUUUGAAUGGUUAUAAUUCCACCGGUUUUAUGAUUGCCCAAAUGACAUCACGCAAUGGUAUACGUUAUAGCUCAGCGCGCGCUUUCAUCCGCCCGGCUCGUAUGCGUACAAAUUUACAUAUUCUUUUGAAUACCACGGCCACGAAAGUUUUGAUCCACCCUGGUACAAAGACCGUUUUGGGUGUUGAAGUAAGCGAUCAAUUUGGUAGUAUGCGCAAAAUUUUGGUUAAAAAAGAAGUUGUUGUUAGUGGUGGUGCUGUAAAUUCACCGCAAAUUCUAUUGCUGAGUGGUGUUGGCCCUAAAGAGGAUUUGAAGAAGGUUGGUGUUCGUCCCAUACAUGAUCUACCGGGCGUUGGUAAAAAUUUACACAAUCAUGUUGCCUACUUUACAAAUUUCUUCAUUGAUGAUGCCGAUACUGCCCCUCUCAAUUGGGCUACAGCUAUGGAAUAUUUACUCUUCCGUGAUGGUCUUAUGUCUGGUACCGGCGUUUCCGAUGUCACAGCGAAAAUGGCAACACGUUUUGCCGAUCGACCUGGUGUACCCGAUUUACAAUAUUAUUUCGGUGGUUAUUUAGCCAGUUGUGCACGUACCGGACAAGUUGGUGAAUUACUAUCGAAUAAUUCGAGAAGUGUACAAAUUUUCCCCGCCGUAUUAAAUCCCAAAUCACGUGGUUAUAUAACUCUCGCCUCAAAUGAUCCAUUGGCACCACCACGAAUUUUUGCAAACUAUUUGACCGAUGAACGUGAUGUAAAAGUUUUGGUGGAGGGCAUUAAAUUCGCCAUAAAAUUGUCGAAGACAGCACCGUUACAACAGUAUGGCAUGCGUUUAGAUACUACAGUGGUGAAGGGUUGCGAAUCACAAACAUUCGGUUCGGAUGCAUAUUGGGAAUGUGCCGUGCGACAAAAUACUGGUCCAGAAAAUCAUCAAGCUGGCUCUUGUAAAAUGGGUCCGGCCCAUGACCCCAUGGCUGUGGUCGAUCAUGAAUUGCGGGUGCAUGGUAUACGCGGUCUAAGGGUUAUGGAUACAAGUAUUAUGCCCAAGGUAACGGCUGGUAAUACACAUGCGCCAGCUGUUAUGAUUGCCGAAAAGGGUGCAUAUAUGAUUAAGCGUGCAUGGGGUGCCAAAGUUUGACGAUUGGACGCAACAUGGACGCUGCAUAGAGUAGUUUAAUAAAAAACAAAAAAAAAACAAUCAAAAAUGAAAAUAAAA